AUGACAUUCUCUUCCCGCAUCGCUCUUGCGUACCACUCCAGACGGAGGCAGAGUCGUCGGUAAGCGCGGCACUGCUGUUCUCAACAAGCCAAGAACACACGGUAAGCAUCCUCGGAGCGUGGUUUGCCCCGACACUUGGAGCUCUGCAUCAUCCCCAGCAGCAGGUAAGUCCGAGUGGCCACUUCGCCCUCUCCUCGCCUCUUCCCCAAUGAUGAGUUCCUACCUCACUGGAUUGAUUUAACCCCUGGUGGGCUUGGCAAGCAAAUGACGUUCUAUGAAUCCCACCCAGAGGGCGAGAUCCGCUCGACGUUUGCGUGUUCUUAUUCCACACAGCGUCCAUGGCUAACAUGCUUGAUCGUAGAGUACUCUUUCGUCCAGCUCUAAGAAGAGCACGAAUUCCGCUGCCCUGUUUGCCGUUUACGAGGUAAGUCUUCAGCCCUUCCCACACCCUGUUCACUCCCCAUCUUACAUGAUGAUCACCAUUCCAUUCUCUUCCGACACGUGUCAGACGGCAUGGUACUGGAGACAACAUCUCGUUCGUUCUGAUUACUACAAAGUCGACUCCUGAGCUUCACUACAUCCAAGCCCGUUAAGCACAGCUGACCACAUUCGUCCACAGGAUUUCUUCUCCCUCAUUCUACACAAGUUGUCCUCACGCUACACGAGUUGGAGUGCCAUGGCGUCGCGAUCGAAUGAGACGGACGGACGGAUGUUCCUUCAAGCACGGCGACGGGGCUUCGAAGUGACGAAGACAGCACAAUCUUCGAUCGUCAACGGCAUGUCUGACCGCGUUCAGAUCGCGUUCCAAAACACAGUCAGGACAAAUGCUCUCGUCGAUGCUUUCAUACACCCUUCCGGAGUGUUGGAAGCCCGAUCUCGAAGGUAAGUGCUGGGCCCAUUUAACACGCACAUCAUCCUACGAUGACAACAUUUUUCCUGACCGCGACUACAACCUUCACCCAUGGAGAUACGAUUCGGCAGAAUCAACAAUCUGAUAAAAAUCCUCCAUGCUCUCUGCACGCUCUUUCGUCUCAAUGCCUCCCGUCGCUGAAACUCUGCCGGGUCUAGGAAACGAGCCUCUCCCGUGGACGGGGCACCCAUACUACGUACAGCACUCGGAGACUGGGGCAUGUCGUGAAGGUAAGUACCGCACCGCAAGACCUCCCCGCUGCCCAAUGACGAUAAAUUUUUGCCCUGACCACGACUACAACCUCAUCCAUGGAGAGAAGAUUCGGCAGAAUCAACCAUCUGAUCCAUAUCGAUUGCAUCCGACCCAAUAUUUUCUCUCCCAGCGAGUCUUGUUGCUGACGUAUUGACAAGUCUAGUCGACAACGCGCCAUCUGCGACGUUGCUGCAGCGCCAUGCACGUCACCUCGAGACCAAGUCUACGAAACGUAGCUCUGCAGACGUGAGUGCCCGAAAUGGCUUUGCUACGACAGAAGACUCACAGAAGUCCUCUCCCACAUCCUACAAAUGGGACCCUCUGGUAAGUCGUCCCACACUUUUCUCCAGCUUCCAUGAUGAAUACAAACAAGAACUCAAACUUCCAACCGAAAUUACACUGGAGACAAACGUACUCUGA